UUAUUUUGUUUUGUAUUAUAUGAAGAUUUUUUCUUUAUUUUAAUUUUUUAUUAAUUUCCUUUUUAUUUUCUUACGACUGCGUAAGGAUCAGUAACCAGACGAGACGCCUUGAAUCUCUCUCGAAGGAGCCAGUGAAGGCGAAGCUUCUUACAGUGACUUACGUUACCUGUUUGACUUCGUUCGGGUAGAGAGAAGCUCUCAGAUUCGAUGGCGGCAGUUGGAGGAUCAGCUUCACUUAUCGGUUUCCUGUCUGCCUUUCGGCCGGACUUAACGACUUCAUCUCAAGCAAGAGCUGGACAGAACCCGAUUCAGUCGAGAUGGACUCGCCGGUCGACGGUGACCUCGUGCGUUCAGGUGUCGACGACGAGUAAGGCGGAGGCAAGGUUCGAUGAGAACGGGAUGUUCAGGAGGAAGGAGAAGGGAAACGAAGAGGCUGCGAAUUUGUACGCGACUGUGUUGACGGAGUCGGAGGAGAAGAUGAACCGUGGAGAGAGCUUGAAGGAUUAUUUUGAGAAGUCAAUGGAUUUGAUUAGAUCGGACGGUGGGGGUGGGCCUCGCUGGUUCUCUCCAUUGGAGUGUGGGGCACGCGCUCCAGAUUCUCCUGUCCUCCUCUUUUUGCCCGGGAUUGAUGGAACGGGACUUGGACUUAUAAGGCAUCAUAAAAAACUAGGGAAGAUUUUUGACAUAUGGUGCUUGCAUAUUCCGGUUAUGGAUCGUUCCCCAUAUACAGAGCUAGUGAAACUUGUAGAGCGAAGGGUAAGAUCAGAGAAUUAUCACUCUCCAAACAGAUCCAUAUAUCUUGUUGGAGAAUCUCUUGGCGGGUGCAUUGCACUAGAUGUUGCUGCACGAAACCCUGAUAUUGAUCUUGUACUAAUUUUGGCAAACCCAGCUACAUCUUUUGGAAAGUCAACAUUUAAACAUCUAAAACCUUUGUUGGAAAUCAUGCCGGAGCAACUCCCAACCAGCCUCCCAUAUAUGCUAAGCUUAAUAACAGGUGAUCCUUUGAGGAUAGUGAUGGAUAAUAUGGUGAAAGGACUUUCUGUUCGACAAACAGUUGGAGAUCUGUCACAAAACCUUGUUGGAAUUUCAUCUUACCUCUUUGUUCUGGAUGGUAUAUUACCUAGAGAAACACUUCUCUGGAAGCUGCAGAUGCUUGAAUAUGCUUCUUUAUCUGCAAAUUCGCAUCUCCAUGCUAUAAAAGCUCAAACGCUGAUACUUUCCAGUGGAAAGGAUCAGUGGCUGCCAAGUCAGGAAGAAGGGGACAGACUUUCUCGUGUAUUGCCUAGAUGUGAGAUUAGGAGGUUCAAUGAAAAUGGGCAUUUUCUCUUCUUGGAGGAUGACUUUGAUUUGUUAACCAUCAUCAAGGCUGCUAGCUUUUAUCGCCGUGGGAAGUACCAUGAUUAUGUUUCAGAUUACAUGCCUCCAACCCCUUCUGAAUUCAAAAAAAUAUAUGAUUCAAACAGAUGGCUGUUUGUUGCUACUAGCCCGGUGAUGCUCUCAACUUCGGAGGAUGGUGAGGUGGUAAGGGGCCUUGCUGGGAUUCCUUCAGAAGGACCAGUGUUAUAUGUUGGCUAUCACAUGUUACUUGGACUUGAGUUGGUUCCACUGGUUUCCCAAAUUUUGAUCGAGAGGAAUAUCCUUCUGCGAGGCAUAGCACAUCAACUGAUGUUUAAACAUACGAAACCUGGAGUUUUACCUGAUUUACAAUCAUAUGACAGCUUCAGGUUAAUGGGUGCAUCUCCCGUGUCUCCUACCACCCUCUACAAAUUAUUAUCAUCAAAGUCUCAUGUACUUCUCUAUCCUGGAGGUGCACGGGAAGCCUUACACAGAAAGGGUGAAGAAUACAAACUGUUCUGGCCAGAGCAAUCUGAGUUUGUUAGGAUGGCAGCUAGAUUUGGAGCUAAAAUUGUACCAUUUGGUGUUGUCGGAGAAGAUGAUUUUGGUGAAGUAGUUUUUGAUUAUGACGAUCAAAUAAAGAUUCCCUUCUUGAAGGCUAUGAUAGAGGAAACAACAAAGGCGGCAUCGCACUUGAGGACUAAUGAAAGGGGUGAAGUAAGAAAUCAAGACUUGCACCUUCCGUGGAUUCUACCAAAAUUUCCAGGCCGGCUUUAUUAUUAUUUUGGGAAAACAAUUGAAACAGCAGGGAGAAAGCAUGAAUUGACAGACAGGGAAAAAGCUCAAGAACUGUAUUUACAAGUGAAGUCGGAGGUUGAAAAUUGUAUGGCUUAUUUGAAGGAGAAAAGAAGAAGUGAUCCGUAUAGGAACAUAUUGCCUCGGUUAUUGUAUCAGACGACACAUGGACUUGCGUCGCAAGUUCCCACCUUCGAGGUUUAAUAUUUCUCCAUGUUCAAAUACUUUUAUCUCACUCGCAAGAAUAUCCGGAUACAGAAACAGAUACAGGGAUGUGAAAGACGAAAGGAUCAUCAGUUGGGUAGUUGGUUUACUUAGCUCUACAAUACUCAGCUUUGAUUGAUUGACGCUGCAGAUUUUCUAGCAUGCAGCAUUGAUAGAGGACACCAUGGUUGAUUCUCUGUGAAUUAUAAGGUAUUUAUUUUUUAUUUAAAAAAAGUUUUCAUUUUUUGGAGCAAAUAAAGGCAGGGGGAAACAAUCAAAUCCCAUUUGUAUAAGAUAUUUGAUGAUUUAUAGUGCUUCCUUUAUUCAUAAAUAAGAAAUUUAAGUGGCUAAACACUGAAAUCAAA